AUGGCUGCGACUCGACGCGACGCGUCGCAGAGUCGAGCUCCCUGUGUUGCCGUGCUCUUGCUGCUGCUGCCGUCGCUCGUUCAGUGCGCGCAACUGUCGUGGCUGAAGCAGCAGGACCUCCCAGUCUCGUGCGCUCAGAACGACAACUCGUGGUACUGUGCAUCCUGGGAUCAAUGCGUGAGCAGCGAUCAAUUGUGCGACGGAACUGCGGAUUGCAACGACGAGAGCGACGAGCUGCCAUGGGAGUGCGGAGGAUACGAGGACGGCUGUCCGCCUGACAUGAUCGCAUGUCCAGUCACAACCAUAUCGGACAAGCUAUGGUGCAUCGACCCUGCUGCAGCGUGUGACGGUUCAACCGACUGCCCCUUUGGCGCCGACGAGUGGCCGGGCUUCUGUGUUGACUUCAACAGCAAAGCCACCUGCCCGAACUCCCCGAACCAAGUGCUCUGCCCCGACAGCCAAACCUGCGGUUCAGGCAUGGUGUGCGAUGGCGUGGCUGAUUGUCCCUCGGUUUCAGGCGGAGCAGGGACCGGAGGGGGAGGGGGAGGAGGAGGAGAAUUGGGAGGAGGAGCGAGUGGGGGGUUGUUUUCUUCGGAUGAGGAUCAGGAUUACUGUGCGGUGUACGAGUGUCCGGAUGGGUACUGGAAGUGUGGGAAUGUGGUACAGUGCAUAGCUGAAACGCUCAAGUGUAACGGUGUGGAGGAUUGCAGCGAUGGGAGUGAUGAAACGGACUGCAGUGGCUCGGGUGGGAGCGACAGCAGUGGCAGUACGGAUUCUUCUCAAGUUGACACGACCUCUCCUGGAGUUGACACGACCUCUCCUGGAGUUGACACGACCCCUUCUGGAGAUGGCACCAGUGGAGAGGAUACGGCUGGAGCCUCGGAGGGAUCAUCUGGAGAUGUAACGGGAACGGGAACGGGAUCGGGAACGGGAACGGGAACAGGAGGAACGGACACUACUACACCUGUACCUCCCACACCCAAGCAGGUUCCUCCUAAGGUGCUUCCUGUUGCGGGUUCUGUAAGCAAGGCGAUCGGCAACGCACAGGGUGCUGUUAACCAAGCAGCUAAUGGCGCAGCAAAGGCCAUUGGAGGGAUAGCGAAGAAGCUUAUAAAGGGGGGAAGUGCGAGAAAGAAGAAGGUGAACCCAGGGGUUGUGCCAGGGGCAGGAGGAGCUGCAGCGAGCGGAGCAGCAGGUAGUGGCGGAGGAGGGGAUACCUCAGGUGGAACCUCAGGUGAAACCUCAGGUGAUAACUCAGGUGAUGCCUCAGGUGACGCUGCAGGUGAUCCGUCAGGCGAUGCUUCAGCUGAUGGUUCUGGUGAUGCCUCAGGUGAUUCUUCAGGGGGAAACAGCGGCACUGGUCCUGGCACAGGAACCUCCUUGGUUGGUUCUCAGAGUAGCCCGACGGGCAGCAGUGGCAGUAAGGGGGGUGGUUCUAAAUCAGGGUCUGCUCUUACCACUCGCACGGUCGCAGAACCGAAUCUCACUCCUGCCGACCCCUCAGGGACGUCUGGGACAGGUGGCGGCAAGCGGGGAGGAAAUGCAGUGGGGAGUGGAGGGGAUUGGGGAGGCAGCCAAUCAAAAAGGAAAAGGAAGAACCGGGAAGGUUUCUGGGCGUGGCUGAAGAGGAAAGGGAAUGAAGCGAAGACAACUGUGCAAGCUGCAGCGGAGAAAGGUAAGGCGCAGGGUGCAGCACAGCUGAAGAAAGUGCAGCAGAAAGGGGGGACGAACAAAAUGCAAGGGAAGGGUGCAGCUCAGGUGAAGCAGGUGCAAGGGAAGGUCGCACAGAAGAAGAAGCAGGGACAGCAGAACAGAAAGGUGCAGUCAAAGAAGGGCUAG